AUGCGGCGCGCAGCGGCGGCCAUUUGGGCGGCGGUAGCCGUGACGUCACGUCUGCGGGCGGUCAGUGACUCUGGUCUGGUCUGGGUGGCCCGGGGCGCGACACCGCCGGACCCGGGCUCCAAAAAAACCGGACGGCUGCCGCCGCUGCAGCGCGCUGCCCGCUGCAAAACUCUGCUCUGCUCUGCUGACGACACGCUAACUGAGCUGGAGGCAGAGCUGGGGGCUGAAAAGAACUACCCACUGCAGCAGCAGAAACGCUAUGUGGAACAGCCUCCAGCUGUUGAUAACCAACAACAACACUCACGAAUAGCUCUAGAGGAGGAGUUCGAUUUAUUGGACAGGCAGCUGGAGGAUUUUCAUCAGCAGAUGCAGCAACAGCCUCCAGCAAAGAAUGAGGCGAGACAAACCAAUUGCCAGGUUCUGACGAGGACGAUGACAUGCCUGAAUGGGUCAGACACAGCUGCUCUGAUCUGGCCCUAUUAGAUGAUGAU